GGCACGCUGUCGUCGCCGGCGCUCAGUGACUGGUGCACCCUACGUGUGAGCAAGUGUUUUUCGUCCUCGGCUCUCCCGUGUGUGCACGAGAGGAAAAAAUAAAAAGAGAAGGAACACCGGUGCCUCGGUGUGUAGUGCUACGUAUGCUCGAAUCGUCGUUCUCGUCGUCUUUAUUUCGUUCAGUCGUGUACGAACGUACGGGGAACGCGUGACACGGGACUUCGAUCGAAAAUUGCGUUCCACGCUGCGCGCGCUUCGCGCCGGUGACCCUGACAUUCGAGAGGAGCAACCGACACAUUUGACUACCCGCGCCGGUACAGGAAUCAUCGUUCCAUCUUCUUCGACACUUUGAGUAUACGAAACCAACAUCGAAAGUCGAUCGCGUCGGUAUUGUUACCGCGAAUUUGAACUGCCAACGUAAAGGGAACUCGUGUGCCGGGACUUUGUCUAAACUACCGCGCCGCGGCGUCGUUGUGGAACCACGUUGACCUUGACUUUGGUAGCACGAAUUACUUGUAGCAACCACUAACAGAAAGAGACUAAAGAUUUCUUCGAGAUCGAGGGAGGUGAUUGCCUUGAAGAAUUGUGUCGUGCGCGAAGUGACCCUGAUUUUUCUCGAUCAUCGCAAAGAAGAAGGAAACAUCGUUGGACGUGACAGGAGACUUUCAAUCAACCGUCCGGUCAGUAACGUUGCGCUUUCGUACGCCCGGUACCCGCGUUUUUUCCUCCCAGGUACCAGAUACGUCCGCGGCGUGUCUCUGUAAUUUAUCACGCGACAUUUUACCAGAACAAAUCGAUUGUUGAAUGGGUGUGCGAGAGACGACACAGGCGAGCCGUGGGAAUUGCGUGAAGAUGAAAGAAUAGAGAGAAUCGUAGAGACAGGGUUUACUGCGAGCCAAGUCUGCCGUGUUUCUAAUCCUCGGUUUCCUUCGACACAGAACGUCGAUCAUCCGCACCAGAUACAUUUUCGCGAACGAUCGUUUCCAUUGACUUAUAUCGAAGGGACGAUUCUCACGGACGCGUUGGAAGGGAUCGGACGAAGCGUCAAGGCGGUUCGGUACCGAUCGAGAGGAGUAAGAAGUGUGAUGGCACCGCGUCGUCACGCGAACGGUCACGGUGGUGCAUUGAUGGAGAACGGCGGAGGUGUCGGCGUAGUCGGCGUCGGUGUCGGUGUCGGUGUCGGGGGCAUCAACGACGCGAUGGAGAAUCUGCUAACGCAAAAUCAAACGACACGUUGCUGCACGCCUACCGGCGAGUGUCUACGGGGCGACACUUUAAUUCGUUUGAACGCGUUGCACGACACGGUCAAGGUAACCUGCAACAACGAUAGCUGCCCGAUCGGCCAGUUCAUGCACCGCGAGUGUUUCGACGCCUGGGAGCAAACGGUGCUGACGUAUCUGAAGAGUUGCGGACGCGCCCGUAGCUGGUCCGAACGGCAGCGCCAUCAGAAUCUUUGGACGAAAAAGGGUUACGAUCUCGCGUUCAAAGCGUGCGGCUGUCGCUGCGGUCGCGGGCACCUGAAGAAAGAUCUCGACUGGAUGCCGCCAGGAACCGGGAACGCUUCUGGUAACCGACCAGACGAGAACGAGGCGAAGAAAAAGAAACGUCGUAAUCGGCAAAAUACCAGGCCCACGCUUUCGGUAUCGGCCGGUCCGCCGAGCCACGGCAAUCACGUUUCGACGAACGGUCGCGGUACCACCGAGGCCCAGUUGAUCGAAUCCGGUCGAGGAAGGGCUGGUUCGCUUUCGUCCAGCACCGGUUCGAGUUCACCACCGGCUACCAGCGAGCCAAGCGUCAGCCCUCUUCAUCAACCGCAGGCGAUCAUGAAGAAGAAGAGCAAGGUUGAUUUCUUCAGCGAUCGAGCUCGGCAAAGUUGCGGUGCGAAUGGUAUCUUCUCACGUCGCCUAGACUUCAGCGCUUUCAACAGUCUGCCGCGCACCAAGCUGAACUCCUACCACAUCAAGAUGGAAGACGAGGGAAAUCACGGCAAUGAUGACACAAGAUGCUUCAUCCUGUCGACGUUGGCGGCACUGCAAUGGUCCCGAGUGUCCUGCGUCCUCUGUCGUUCACCUAUGCUCGUUUUCGACAGGUAUCCCCUAGUGGAUGGCACGUUCUUCCUGUCGCCGAGGCAACAUUCACCUGCCUGCGCAGAGGUGAAGGUCGAAGGUCGCACGCAAUUCUUGUCGGCGGUGUGCAUGGGUUGCCUGGAAGGUAGCGGUGGUCAGCCUGUUCGUUGUCGUUGCUGUACUCAGCCAUGGGACGGGUCUAGCUUAGUCCUUGGAACGAUGUACAGCUACGAUAUCUUUGCUGCCAUGCCUUGUUGCACCGAGCGACUCAAGUGCAACAGCUGCCAGAAGCCUCUGAUCUAUCCACACCAACGGCUGAAUUUCUACUCGGACUACAGCCGCGUAUUCGCCUGCCCCCAUUGCAGGGCCGUGGACGCCCACUUCGUGAAACCGCUCUCGAUCUGCUUCACCCGCGAGCAGUUUCAGCUUUACAGCCAGUGGCCGUAACCAUUAGGGAACUUAGCUAACAGGCGUCCAAGCACCGCGGCUGACCCGUGUCCCCACUUCUUCGACCCACUGAUCUCUCUGCUGCGGGCGACCUUGCUCUAGAUCCUCCAACACCACUCGUCGAUCAUUUUCAAUCAUUAAUGCAACAUCAUCGUCGGUGAAACGAAGAAUUGGAAGAAGAAAAGCGUGAAAAUGCCUCGAGGACCUGACACUUUGCUCUGGUCGUGUUUCCUUCGUGUCCCAGCACAAAGGGUAUAUUUAUUUUUUCGUUUUCGUGACGAAUCAAUUUCAUAUUUUUCUUUUCUUUUUUUUGUUUCUUUUCUUUUUCAUUUAUUUAGAGAUCGUAUGGAGCAUUUCGAUUUGAAAGUUUAAGUUUGCAAUUUGAAAUCGAAAUGUCUCUGGUAUUUGUUCUUGAUUAAUUAGAAAUCAUCGAAGAGAAGCGUAUUUUUAAGUUGCUUUGUUAUCGAUUUACCUAUCGAAUGAUCGAUGAAGAGGAUACCCUGGGAGCGGAUGGAAAACCGGAAGAAUGUCAGGUACCGGGUGAAAUUUUGUAGCAGCGAUAACGUUAAGCUUUUUCUUUUUACUGUGUACGACAGUAGGGUUUUCAUCUACGUUCAUUCAACGCGAGGGACGAUGACAAUCUCGUCGUUUCGUUCGAUCGAUCCACCUGGAAAUCGACGGCUCUCGACGACGUAUAUCGACGCCUGUUAUCGAUUCGAUGGAGUUGAAAUUCAUCCACAGUCAGGUUAAGGAUUAUCGUCAGUAUUAUUGGUAAGAAUGGAAAAAAAAAGAACGAGAUUUUUGGAACAGCGUUUUUUUGUGUUAAUUCGACAUUUAUGUUAGCGAAAAUUCAUGCAUAGAAAUUGUCCUAUUCAACAAAAAGAACGUGAAUUUGUUCUCGUUUGAUUUUUUUUUCUUUUUUUUUUCUUUCGUGUCCAUUGGCCCGAACGAGUAGUAGAAUUUAAAAUACGAGUCAGAAAGAGAUGAAAGAAUCGUUUAGGAAAUAUUAGGAUAGGUGCUUGUAAAUUAUAAUUUAACUCUGAAAAUAUAUCGUGUUAUAUAUCGUGCUGCGCCUUUCUUUUUUAUCGUCGUGUUUUAGCUAGUAAGGAAAUUCGAACAAUUAGCUUUAAAUUGGAGAAAAUCACUCGCGAUCGCGUCGUCGACUCGCCGUCGCUCUUCCCAAGAUCGAAUCGAACGAAUUCUUCACGAGAUAAGAAAAGUAUGUAUCGUCCCUGGCGUUCCCAUAAAUCGUGUUGCGUUCAAGGGUGGAAAAGAAUGGAUUGCGGAGACAAAAGGUAAAACGACGAGAGCGUAUAUUAUAAAAUAUAUAACGACGUUAGGACGCGGAAAUCGAUAAGAAAUAAACAAAAAAAAAAGGUCAGACUUCCCUUUUUUAUAUUAACAAAGUAGGUAUGCAUAAGAAAACGUGAAAAAAUGAAAAAAAGAUCAUGAAAAAAAGCCACUUUUGAAAGAACAAUGGGGGGGAAGAGAUAUUAUGAACUAUCGUUUGUUACUUAGAUAAUCGAGAACGUUGUUUUUUUUACAUUUUAUUAGUUUAUACGUUUACGGCGGCCAUGUUGAUUUUGUUUAAGGAUCUACGACUCAUUCGAUGGGUUUCACGUUGAUCGGCCGGGCGCCCGACGAUUUUCCACCCUUCGAGAAAACCCUUUUUAACCCUCGGUCCCUUCUCCUAGGUACAUUGGAAACGGUAUCACAAAGCCAAUUACAUAAACGUUGAAAUUUUAAUUUCUCUCUUUUUUUUUUUCUUCAUUUUUACAGGUGUUCCUUUCCAAAGCGUUCGAAGCGCGAUCGAAAGCCGCGGGCGCCCGAGGUAGCCAGUGUAAAUACGUAAUUAAGAACGAGACAGGUGAGAAUGAAUGAAUAAGAAAUUCGAGAGGUUGCUAGUGUGAGAGUGAGGCAAUUAGAGGGGCGUGUAUGAGAGACGGGAGAAUGGAAGAGCGAAAGGAAAAAGGAAAAAUCUUCGUUUUUUUCUGGCGAUGCUGGUCGUUGCUGUCCAUCAAUAGCGGCCGUCCCACAAACAGACCGCCCACCGUUUUUUCCCAAGGUAGUAUAGUCGAUCGUGUACCUUCUUUACGUUACUUCGAAUUAACAAAAAGGAAAAAAAAAAUGCAAGCAAGGAAAAGAGUAUACUUAAUCCAUUUAUACACCGGGAAGUAUAUCUAGGAGAUUUUGUAUAUUAUCCCGUAGUAUUUUAGCAUCGAUCCGAUUCUCUCGAACGAUUCUGAUCGGCGAAUUCUCUUUAGGUAAAAAUGUGUGAAUGAAAAUAUGUGAUUUUCUUUUUCUUCAUCUUUUGUAGAACGUUCGAGGGAGUACACGGUGAAGGGAUUCGACAAACCGAGCACAAUAUGCAGGGUGUUAAAAAAGUUAAUGAUGAAACUCGUUAGAUACGUUAAUUGAUUUUCAUAUUUAUUAAUUCUUUACGGAUAAAGUACUUUAAAGAUGAAUAUAAUAAUUUUUUAUUUUGACGAGAAGAUACACUUGAAGUUUGAUUACAAUUUUUUUUCCAACACCCUGUGUAUAGUUUAAUCAAUGAGAUACUAAUAUUGAUUGAUUGACAGAGAGUGAGAAUUAGCGCGAGUCCAUUGAGAGAGAGAGAGAGAGAUAUGGAGCACAAAUGGUAAAAAGCUGUUCGAGUGCGAGGAAGAGCGAGAGAGACACACGGAGAGAUGAAAAACAAAAGAAGAGGAAUAUUCGCAAAAGGUAUACCACGUGUUCGCGUGGAACCCUUUAAUUUGAAUAGCCAAAAGAAAAAAAAAAAACGCGACGAGCUGAAGAGUGCGUUUAUCACCGUUCGAUUAAUGCUACGUGACGAAACCGCGUUUCUCGUGUUUAGUUUCAUUGUUUCCUUUGUCGUUUUCUUUCUCGUGUCGCAGCCAGCAGGGACAAGAGAGAGCCGGGACAUAAAAGAAUCGUCUCUCGUUACGUUUUUCUCAGAGUGCCAAAUAUCAGAUAGAAUGAAAGUGGCGAAAAGAAAAAGAAAACACGAUAUUUCCACUGUAUUUUUCUUAGCUUCUCCUCGCUUUUCAUCUAAGAAUACAACAUCUAGACACAGGGAAGAAAAAAAAAGGAUGGAAAAGGAACGCAAAACAAUUUUCGUGCUCGGUUUUUCGCUACCUGAGAAACUUUUCAAUUCGUUUUUUCGCUGGCCCGGUGAUUGGAUGCACGCGUAUACCGCGUGCGAUUCGUUCCCGUUCAGUUUUCAACGAAGAAGCUCGCGUGGGAGGACGAUCCCGGGUGUCGUCUCGCGACAACUUUUCGUAUCGCGAGCGACCCUGGGGUGCCUCGACAAAAGAGGAUCUGACGUUUUGUCGCGCGGGUGUUCGAAGCUAACUAAGCCGUGGUUUCGGGCGCGUAUCUAAAAUGAAACUUUUGUACUCCCUACCGUUUUCAAUUUUCGCUACGUGGUUCUUCGCGUUGUUGAACGUAUUAUAGGUGCCGCGCGAUAUAUUUAGACAUUCAUCGGCUCAUUUCAGUUCCUAUCGCGACUCGAUCGACGCUUGGAACCAAGGAAAAACGAUCUUGCGGAGUUCCUCUCGCGUGAAAAUCGGUCCGCGAUCGCACGCUCGUUCGAUCGAUCGACGCGAACGAGCGUGAUUUUUCGGGCACCUGAUUCGAUUUCUAAUAAAAAAGAAUUUAGUAAGUUUCGACGCGUCGACGUACCGAUAUAUCGGGAAUCGUUAUUGAAAGAAAUUUACUCGAAAUUGAUAUCGAAAAGCACGGAAAAUUGUAUGUAUCUUUGUCGGUCAAAAUUUUUAUAAGAUUUAUACUUUUUUCUUUUUACUUACAUAUAACUUUUCUUGUGUAAAAUAUUUCCUAGGAAAAAGGGUUGAUUAUCUCUGGACGGUACGUCGACGCACACGACGCACUCGCUCUGGUAGUUGCUAAGGCUAAACAGCAUUAAAGUUAGGCUAAACCUUUUUUCAAUUCCGAGUUAAAGUCGCUGUAUAACGAUUUUCUACUUUAUCGCCUAAUCCUGGUCGAGCGAAGCUUUCUAAUGGACGGGUCGCGAGGAUCAAGAACGAAGGAUACGCGUUCUCGACGAAGCGACGACGAUUUCUUUUCUUUUCUCCGGUUGAAAGCAAGCAUCUACCUCGAUCCACGAAACCCCCGGGGAAGAGAAUUCGAUCGCGCGGACGGAAGGGAUUUUCGAGAAAAUUUUGAAACUCGCGCGGCGAAUGAAUUCCUCGCGACCCGUGUGAAAACGUAUAUUGCCACCUCGAUCGAGCGAACGGUUUUCUAUGUCAGUGUUUUUAUAAACGAGAGAAACCGGGGGUCCGUGAACGCGACUCGUCCGCGAUGAACCAUCCCCCCGAAGGGUUGAUCGAUAAAAAAGUAAAAAGAUAAAAAAAAGUUGGACGAGUAUCGCGGGCGUUCACGCGCUCCACGCGUGCGUGUAUCGUAUCGUUUUGUCGUAAUAUAUCGUGUCCGUGAAUAUUCUAAUAAUAAUUAAUUAAUCGAAUAGCACAUCUAUAUGGCACGUUGAGGGGGGGAUGGGACUAAGGGUUGUAAAAGUUGGUUAGACGGGGUGGGAAACUUGUACACAAAAAGGGGAGGGUCUAAGGGAUAAAAUUAACAAAAAAUGAAACAAACGCGUAAGAAAAGAAAGAAAAAAAGGGGGGUUCUUGAGAAAGGAGAGAUGGAAUUACAGAGAAAGGUUAUGAAUGGUUGAACUAUGAAUAGAGUUUAGCAUAUAGUCAUUAUGAUGGAAGAGAGGAGGCGGUGAAAGGAGUAAGCGAAGGGAGAGAGGUUUGAAAUCAUCGAUAAAUAGUAAGUUUAUAUAGAAACGAACGGUGUUUUUCAGGUUUAUAGUUAAGAGAAAAACUUCCUUUAUUUCGUACGUCGAUUGUCGAAAAUCGACGCCCAAAGAAGAUAUCCUUGAAUUUCGUUGAAUAUGUAUUUUAGAGACUCGGGCCUCUAAACUCGUCUCGUUGGUCGCUAUGAAUUUUCCUUCUUUUCUUUUCCACACGAUCCACCGUCGUCUUCGACCAUUCGAAAAGGCUGGAAAGAAAGGCGUCUUUCUUUUCGAAUCGGAAGAAAGAAAAAAGGAGCAUAGUUUGAGAGGGAAAAGAAAGAAGCGAGAAAGCGUAUCGUCGAGCGGGACGGGAAACGUUCUAGUGAUAGGAUACCGUGUCCGUAUUUGUGGAUGCUCGACAGAGGGAAUAAAAGGGGAGAGAAAAGAAAUUUUAUCCUGCAAUUUAUAUAUCGGUUGUUCUUCGAGGCGUUCUUUUCACACGGUUUGAAAUAAUCUAAGAAGAUGAAGUAUAUUAUAUAUAUAUUAUAUAUAUAUGAGAAUAAAUAUGAAAUAUUAUAUAUAUAUGAAUCUACGUGUUUAAGGAAUCGGUUUUUUUUGUCUUUUAGCGUGGUAAGGUUCUCUUUACAGCUGUGCUAGACAACUAUAGGUAAUAUUAUAUAUUACAUAAACGAACAUAUUUACGGUAAACACAGAAUACAAACGCAUAUUGUAAAGGUGUGCGGCCCUGAUGUACGCGAACACAGGGCUCCUUUUGAGUUUCUUUAAUAGAGGUUUAAAGAGCUCUUUCUUAAUAUCCAAUUAGUGAUUAAACUUACGGUACAAGUUUUACAUUGUAACGAGAGAUAGAGAUAGAGACGAACGCAUCGAACGAUCGUGCGAAGAUAAUAGAAGAAAGUGUGCACAGUGAUCUUUCUUCUUAUCUCACAAUAGAAACACAAAUUUUUCCGCGUGUUGAUUUGACGUGACAAUAAAAUUGAAUUUCGAAAGUUGAAAUUUAACGAGCCGUCUGAAAUUUCUGAAGAGGAACACCGUGCACGCGGGAAAGAAAAUGGUCGCGCGAUCUUUCGAUGCAGUUUUCCAACGUCGGCGACAUAUUUACACAUGUGAAUACACACAGCAUGCAGGGACAGCGGGUUACACGCAUACGUUACACACAUGUUCAGGUCGAUGUUCUUUCAGUAGUCGCAAUUGUGAAUCGCUGAGCUGCGUGGACCGUGGAUCAGAAACGCGUUCGAGCUUUUAUUCUUUACGGCGUCUGCUCGUUAACGUUUCACCGAGCACAACGGCUCGCUCGUUAGUCCAUUUUUAAUUUCAUCCCUCCUUCUGACGAUCUCCGCUAUCCGUGCACCCAGCGAUUUCCCUUACGUCCCCUCGGGAAGAUCAGCAGAAAUUUCGCGUUCGCAGCUUUCGUGGUCCGAUACUUUCAUUCGCCAACGAUCUUACCUAAUUAACGAAGGAGGAUUUCGAGCAUCGAUCGCACGGGAAAUUCGUGGAAACGCGUGGAUAAUCAGAAGGGGAUGCGCGCGAAGUGGUGAUAAUUUUUUUGUGAUCGAUACGAAUCGUUAUUAAAUAAAAAACGCUCCGAGUGGUUAUCGUAGAAAAUCAAAUAAAGAAUUUCAAAUUUUAUUUCUAAUUACUCGCGGCUCGUCUUUGCACCGUCUAUAAUCCGUCUAACGAGACGAGUCAGGGAUAUGUUCACAAAUUCGUGGGCUCAACGCAGGGCCGAACUACUGUGAGCCGAGCCUGCUUCGAGCACGUGAAUUUUUAUGCAUUUAUACUGUUUCAUCUCGUUGGAUAGAGUAUAGUUUUCGUUGAACGUCUUCUGCAUAUUAUCCUUCGGUAACGUAAGUAAUCUUCUUUCAUUUACCUCGGCCGAUCGUACAACGACGUCCUUUCCGGAAGUCAGCUUUUCUUUCUCAGCCGAGGAUUAUAUUAUUGUUACACAGCAUAGUUCUUAGGUAUAUUAUUAUUGUGUUAACGUUUCUUUCGUAGUCGGUCCGAUAGAUCGAUCGAUUGCAACACAGGCAUUUAUUUAGUUUAGAACGCAACCCACGUGUAGCUUCAAGCCGGAAGUGAUCACCCAAGUAUAGCACGACGCGCAACAAGUAUUUUUCUUUCUUUUCUAUUCCUGCGCCGUUCGCAAUCAGAUCGAUGGACGCGUUUGUGAGUCGCGUGUACGCGUUAGAAGCGAUCCCACACAUAUUUUUAUUCAUUAAUCCACCUGUUUGACGAAACAAUUAACACGUUUGAAAUUACUUCGAUUCGCUGGAUACAACGUGACUAGAUCUCGAUGGAGAAUUCUUCGUAUUAUUAUUUUUAUGUUACAUCGUGUAAUAUAUACUACAUAAAAGAAAUGGACGUAGCGAGGCAUUAGUUGAUACUAAUUAGUCCUAUGUCUGAUUAUACGUAACUAUUUCUACCGUAGCAGUGAACGUGUCAAAGAUUUUCAAAUUCAAUCUUCGAAUUUGCUACCUCGCAUUAUCGGAGAUUAAACAUUUCUUCCUGUUCUUUGAUUAAUUAUUCGAGUGAUUUUUCAUCGUCUUCGAGAUAAGUCAACGAUGUUCCACGCGUUUCACUCGUGUCCCAAAGCGUUCGGAUUAUUUUUAGGCACGGAAAGAGGCAGGGAAUGGAUGAGAGAUAACGUAAACGAGUGACAAAGUGAGAGAGCAAAGGAUGAAGGUGGUACGGAAAAGUGUGAGAGAUGGGGGUAAAGGAUAAGAAACAUUUAAUCGAAUCGCGCCAUGACAAACGCGACAUUUUAUCGAAAGACGUACAAAGUGAGAAAGAUUAGGAGAAAGAGAAGAAAGCGAGAUGUGUGUGUGCAUACUGUUAACAAUGAAAAAGAGAAAAAAAAUGUGUACCAUCGCGAGCGUGGAACCGGAAGGAAAUCGAAGAGCAAUUACAGGGAUAUCUCAAGGAUUCAUUAGAAAUCGAAUCGAAUGAAUUUUGAAAUGUUGCAAUAAUUACCAUCAGUUUGCUAUCAGAAACGAGGUAUGCCUGUACUUAAAGGGUGAGAAGGGAUAAUUAACAUAUAGAGCAAAAUCCUUUCGGUUUCAUACUUCACGAGUCCCGAUUAAGUUUGACAGAUUAUUAUAAAUCUCAGCUCCCUCCCUUUUUAGCAAAACACGCUGACAAUUCAGAGGCCACUGUUUUUUCCACGCCCAACACGAGAAGGAGAAAAGAUUUAAAAAAAAAAUAAAAAGAAAUUUGAUAUUCCAAUUCUGUAAGAUUAUGCGUGUAAUUUAAAUGUACAUUUGCCGAAAAAAUAUGGUGUUGUUAAUACUGAACGUGUUACGAACGACGAUGAAAUUUUAUCGAGUGCGCUACUGGAGAGCGAUUUUGUUUUUUCUGGCGAUAAAAACUUCCCCGUACGCGCCUUGUCUCUCGAUCCACCGAUUCCUUCUAAAAAUGAACAAAUUUUAACAUAAUUAAAAAAGAAAAAAAAAAGAAAAUGGGAAAGAUGAAAAGGAAAAGGAAUCUUUUUCUUUUGGGGAAUGUAUUUUGUGACCACCUGUUUCGUCCACUUCAACGAUGUCGCUGGAACAUUUUGGAGAGAUAAAAAGAUUUUUAUACGGUAUUUCUCGAUCGAGGGACAAGGGCGACGAUCGCCGACCACGCAAAUAGUACACACACCGGCUGUCUUUCACACUGUACGAUUGAAGAAGCCAGACUCUCAGCGAAUCAAAGAACAACCAGUGUUUUGAACAUCUAGGAAGGAUUCAGGGAGGGAGAGAACGCUACUGAUCGGUGCCAAAUCGCGUGAAAGAGAAUAUUGUUCAUUGAAAGUUGUUGCUUUGAACGUUCGAUCCUGUUAUUGAAAUCUAACGAAACGUUGUCCAGUGUCUUUCGGUUGAAACUCGUUUGCAUACUCAAGAAUCUUUACGAUCCUAACUAAAUUAACGAAACGUGGUAUGUACGUUAGAGAAUAUUUAUUUUCUUCCUCUGCAGUUGAAGUUGAAAGAAGCUCGAGGAUGUUGAAGAAUCCUGGGAGUCUGGCCGUAAUCGAUUGGGGAUAGGUUGGCUUAAGGUACAAAUGUACAUAGGAACAUAAUGUUGUUAUUUAACCUAAUAACACCCCCGUUCCUCUUUGCUGUCUCUCGUUUCUCGAAUACGAAGAACAUUACCUCUUAAAAAAAAAUAAAACAAAAAAAAAUAUUUCUCGAGUGGUCGAAGAGAAAAUUAUCCAAAGUAUUCGUGAAAAACUGAAGAAGUUCGAGGAACGAGGGAUAGCGAAGGAAGAGGGAAAGGUGGUUGCAAGGCAGAGGAUCGAAAAGGCGGAUAAGAAAAUUCGAUCUCGAAGACGGAGGAUCGAUAAAUUAAUCGACGCGUAGCUGCGUUAGACAAUUGGUUCACGGCUCCUCCUGUACUUUCUUCCUUUUGUUCGUUCGAAUCGUCGUUUGGCCCCUGUCGGGGAUUUAUUUCCUUUCAACACCACCCCCGUACGUUUUAUUUCCUCUUCGUGGAUGGCCCGGUUUUUUACGAGCCGUGAUCCAAUCGAUCGACGCACCGGGAAGAGAGUGAAUGAGUCUCGUUAUGGGAAUGAAAGCAACGAGGAAUUCUAUAGGAGAGAAAGAGAACAAGUGAGAAAACACCUACACAUCAAACACAUACACAACAACAUGCACCUAUACACACAUAUGGCUUCUCUUAUUACUCGUCGCGCACGAUGGUUCAAUUUUCGCUUCGUUUUCGUUUUCCUCAUCGUCGUUGUCUUCGUCUGAGAUCCUCUCAGGAAUGGGCGCUUUUUAAAACGUUCCUUUCUCCCUUUUGCCAGCGUUCCGCGUUGCUCGAGCAUCGUUCGGGGGUUAAAAAAGUUUUUGGGGUCUUUGAAAGGGGAGAAAAUUGCAUUCGUAAUGAUUCUAAUUAUAAUUAGAUCUGUAUUAAUGAAAAGCUGACAAAUUUUUCAUCGAUGCUCGUGCUAUCACGACUUCUAAACGCGUGCAAGAGAGGGAAAGAAAAAUUUAUUGGACGAAGGAAGAUGAUGGACGCGCGUGCAACGAUCGUAAUUAAGCUUUCACACUCGAGAUACUUGUAAUUAAUCGUUAGCUGGUAGGCUGGCCCCUCGAAGUAUCGAAACCCGUUCACAGGCAAUUUCCUCAUGGGGUAUAUACCGUUGUGUCUGAAUGGCGUGUGGAUGUGCUAUAAUCACCUAUCACUACCCUCCCCUUCGUACAUUUAAUCGCGUUCACGGUGUAUUCUCUCUGCGUAUAUACAUAUAUACAUUAAUACGUAUACAUAGUCGUGUGUGUAUCGCUCCUUUAACUAGUAGUUUUUCGCCUUCUGCCGUGUUUAUUAUCCACGUUCUCGGCAGAAUGCACACGGAUGAUUCUUCGGACGAAAGGAGAAAAGAGAAAAGGAGAACUAGGCCCGGAAAACUCGCUCGCGUUCGCUUCGACCAUCUCGAAAAGCGAAACGCCUCGAUAUUUCCCGGGACGUUUGCGAGCAACUCUCGCAAUGUCUCUUCUUUUAGUCGUAGCUUUAGAAUCGCAAUAAAAUGUAUAGCAUCCGUGAGGAAGUGUAAAUAUUAAUGGGAAAUAUCGAGGUAUCUCGAGAAAUUCUCUGUGUAUCUGGAAAUCGCGAAGACUUUCCUCGUCUCGAGGCGGACGCGAGCGGUUUCCAACACCGGUGAAAAACACGAAUCAGUGUUUGUAAUAAAAGUAAUUUUUCCAAGGGGUAUACGUGACGAACCACCUUUUGCGUAAAAGGCGCGAUAUAUCUCCGCCAGUCGUGAUUGUACAAAGACUGGCGGCGUGAAAAACGAGAGAAAAAUUGAUUCACUGUAAUUCAACACCAAUGGAGCGACGUGUUUUCGUUUUAACUCUUAGGAUUUUUCGUUUUUCUGACGCGCGCGGAUCCGAGGCGAGAGCUCGUUUCGCAGGAAACUCGGCGUUCAAUUUUCCUUCGAACGAACGAGAACACCAAAGUGUUUUUCUCGUGGUAAACGAUAAGCAAUCUCUUUUUUCUUAGAUGGAAAAUAAUUAUCGUCAACUUGUGCUAUAUACGUGUCGUCGUGUUUUAGGCUGUAAGCUUUUUUAUACUUGAAAAAGGGGGCGAAAUUUAUUCGAAUCGGGCGCCAAAUUUCGUAAUUGAUCGAGGAUCGAUUUGUAAGUAUUCGACUGAGAACGUUAAAAAAUUCGGGGCAUUUUUAUUCGGCUGUGUGUGUUUAUUAAGGUGGGUGGGGGGGAUGGGAGCAAAUUUUCUCGAAAGAAAAGCCAAAAAAAAAAAAAGAAGAAUGAGGAAGAAGGAAAUUAAGACGUGUCGUAUUAAGUGUAAUUGGAUAAGAUUUCAAACAAAUGAUUAGAUGAAUAAUUUUUGUACCCUAUUUUUUUAAGCGAUCGCCGAGGCGAUCACGAAACGAGAUCGGGCAACAAGGGUCGAACAUUUUUUAAUACGCGCUCUAGGAUUUCUAGCUCGUUAAGUUUAGUUUAAGCGUAAAACCGCGUCGCGUAACGUACUGGUACUUGUCGAGGAGGAAAAAGAAAAAGAAAGUUGAAGAAAAGUAACGAGAACAAAGUCAAAGAAGAAGAAAGCAAUUUCUUGUUUUCCUCUUACGAGGGAAAAAAAAGACGCGUGACACAGGAAAGAAAAAGAAAAAGAAAAGGGAAGUGGAUCCUUUGGAAAUCUUUCGAGGAAACUUUAAUCGAGAUUCUCCUUCGGGUUAGCCCUCUCGAUAUGUGAACUUUCGAAUUGAACCACGAACGAGGAAUGAAAGGGUGUGCGACAACGGGGGAGAAAAAGAAACAUCGAAUUUGCAAAAUUCCUCGAAACGAAGAUUUUCCUCGAAUCAAUGAAACGAAGAGAAAAAGAGAAGGAAGUCGAACGAAUUUUCAUGGAAAACGAAAGCACCAUUCUCUUUAGGUAUUGUAGUUUUUCUAACGCGUGUUUAGCUUGUACUAAUUAAUUCGUUAAUUGAUAUCGAUUGUAAAGUGCGCGAGGAGAAGGCCGAAAGGAAGAGGAGACCGAUCGGACGGCAGGCAUAAUUAUGGACGAUAAGAAAAUCAAAGGUGGAAGAUGAAACAGUUGAUCUUUUUUUUUUUAAGGGGAUGAAAACGAGUAAUAAGGAUUCAUAGUAAAACACAAGCAAUUCUUGUGCAUUGCGAAAGCAAAAAAUAAUCAAUGCUGGUAGUGCGGACCAAACGGGACAACUGACAGAGGGUGUUUUCAAGGGAAAAGAAUGAACAAGAAAAGGGACGUGACGCGGAGAUGACAAAGAGACCUCUAUGUCUUUGAUAUUGGAAAUUGAGGAACGAAAGGAGGAAUUUAAAAAAAAAAAAGGGAUGAGAUUCGUAAAAAUUGCCGCUCUAUCGGAAAUCAAUGUUUAAAAAGACUCGUUUUUUUUUUUUGUAGUGAUUAAAAAGAAAGAAGAAAACAUGAACAUUUUCACGGAGCGUGUAGAUCUCGAACGAUUUUCAUUACGCACAAAUAUUCAUUUGCAUUAUUUUCUGUAUGGUAUUAAAGUAAUCGAAUCGUGAACACGUUUCUUAUCUAAGGGAUUAGAAUUCUGAUAAGUAGAUGGAUUUUUGAAUAAAUAAUGAUAAAGAAAAUGAAAAAAUCGUUCGGGAAACGACGCUUCGACGAUCCCAUGAUUGGCUACGUGGUAUUCGAAAGCGAUACACCAUUAACGUUUAAGGAUUGCACGAAACACUUGUAUCGGACUCGGUGCGUUUGUCUGUCAGGGUAAGCUCGCUGUCUCGUUGACGGGAAUAUUUCUGUAUCGAUGUAUGCGAAUCCAUAAGGAAAAAAAAAACACGUUCGUACGUUGUGCGGAAGUUCUGUUUCGCCUGGCGCAUCCUCAAAGUUCAGUAAUUAUAUCAUAAUUAGCGUUUCAAGGAAAUAGGUAUUUCAUACAAUUCCUACCAUACUAGACACGAAGAAUAAGAGUAAUUUUAAUGAAUUGGAAUUAAUUUUAAUGGAAAUUAAAAUUCAUGUCUUUUGCACAAAAGAAACGAUGAAAGAGGAAAUUGAGGUUGCGCGAGGUCCAAAGGACUUUGACAAGAAAACAGUCUGGUUCGAUCGAUGUCUUGUUGUAACGAAACCCGGUGCAACUAUAUCUAUAUACCCGCAUUAUUCGUCUAACACCAUCAACGAACUGUAAAAACAAUUAAUCAGUAGUGAACUUUCGCCGUUUCGAACGUAGCUUCAACGAGACCCACCCCCGAAAUCGCAAUAACAACCUUCUUCGAUAAAUGAUCCUCCCGCGAGAGGAGAGGGGCGUUUCAAAGCGGCGAGACCUCGUAUACAUAUUCGUAGGAUUACCCUUUUUCAUCGUAGCGAUUAAAAUUACGCGAUCGAAGCUAAUAAUCCCCAAUUCUUUUCGUGUAGCUUACCGAUAGUCGAAACCUUGGCGCGUUCACGUGGCAGGACGAAUUAAGAAAACGUAAUUUGUUUGAUCGAUUAGAGAUGAUCAUGGUGAACGCGCCUCGGUGAUUAGUGAUCUCGAAUGAGCGAGUGAUUGCGAGGGACGAAUGGUUCUCUACCCAUCGGUGAAUUUCAGCCAAGCCAGGAGAGGAAGAAACGAGAGAAGCAGAAAAAAAAAAAUGAAAUGGAUUCUCGUUGGCUCCUACUAGCUUUUCUUUCCGUUCCAUCGCGUUCUACACUAUUUCUUUCGUCGGUACCAGAGGAAAAACAAAGCAAGAGAGUUGGAGAAAGUGAAGAAACGCAGCAGCGAUUAUUCGCUCGACCACGGGAACCGUUAUCAAGGAUCACUCUAUAAACCUACAAAGUUUUAUUUAAACCAUUGAGCAAGAAUUCAUGGUAUUCGCUUGUUAAUGGAAUACCAUGCUUGUAAAACGAUUCGUUGCAUCACAAACGAACAGAGAGAACAAACAGCAGACAGACAAGCGUCCUUUACUUCGAAUCGUUGCCUCGAGAAAGAUUCUUCGUCGACACUAUUUAAUUUAAUUGGCAGACGUCUCGAGUGCUCUGCAAACGGAGGAUAAAAAAAAAACAGCUGAUGGUAGCUGUUUCCCUUUUUAUCCGGAGAUCGCCGUGAAAAAAAGGGCCGUCUACUGUUCGGCGAACGACAAUGAAUAAAAAGGAAGGACCAGAAUCGAUUGUGAAUUUUAAUCGAGAGGCUGUUUAAAACGGAAGUCUCGUGGUCGAUCGCAGCAACGGUGCAGCGCGUUUCAGUCGAUUCGAUCGUACUGCUUUUCGUUAAACGAAUCCGAGGCUGCCAUUUUUGUCGGCGCUUUUAGACGCGGAUGAAAUUGCUUUAUCCUUCGUAGAAGUGUUGGUAAAAUGGUUUCAGGAUUCGGGAACGGGAAGCAGAGGUCGAGGUCUGCUCGAUACCUCCCCUAUAAGAGUACAAAUUUUUCUAACGAAGAUAAUUAUAUUCGAGCGACGAACGAAGUUAUUGCCACGAGGAAGCAGCAACAGGAAGACGGAAACAGAUGAGAGAAGUGCGUGUAAAAAAAGGGGGUGAGAAAGAGAGAGUGUGUUUCCGUGUGAAUAAAUAGUGUGAAAGAAUCGGAGAGAAAGAGGGGAGAGAAAGGUGUAAUGUUAACAAUUUUAGAAAAAACAAUGUUUUUCCCUGGUUAAUGGUAUAGUAGGAAUUUUCUAAUUGCGAUAUAAUAACGAUAAUACGAAAAUUAACAAAUGAUCUAUUGUAAUAUGGUACGUACUGCAUACUUUUAUCUAGAGUUUAGGGCUCAUUCAAGGUGUGUGUUACACGAUACGUAUAAUUAUGAUAAAUCUAUACACUAUGAUCGUAUAUACAUUUAACAAGCAUGAUUUGUACGUUUAACGUUUUUACAAUUAGACUGCCAUUAGCACUUAAGGCGCGGCUUCAUUUCUAUCUCGAAUUAUCCCGAAUUCUCUCAGGUAACGCGUUCGAGGGAACUGUCGGUUGCAUUUCCCAUGGAAAAACACAUCUCUGGUGUGAAAAUUUCCGGGAUGAUCGCGACUAGUUUCCAUCGAAUUAACUCGGAUUGCUUUUUCGUCCCAUGGAAAUAAAGAAGAGAGAGUUACGCCUAAUUUCUUUAGCACUUAGAGUACAGAGGGCAACGUGGUCCGUACGAUCAAAGAUAACUUCUGAUUUUUACAUCACAAGAAAAUACAAUUUCCAAUUAUGGCACAUUUCUGACAUAAAUAUUGUACACAUCUGAACGUUCUUAUUCCACUGGUGUACUUUAAGGGUUAAGGGGGUGUACUCUUCCUAAAUGUUGCUGAGCUGAUGUCUUAAGUGAAAUUGGUACUAUAAUCAUCUACUAUAGCAGAACAUAGAAUCGUGUAAACGAAAGCCACGCGAAGGAAAAUCUUUUGACUAAUUGUGUGUAUGCGCGCGUGCGUGGGUGUGUGUAGAGGAAAAGCUUCGACGACGAACUAAUUAUUCGUAGGUAGAACUUCGGUGUGUUUUGCAUGCAGUCCCGCUCUGUAGGGUAACAAACGAACGAAAAGCUGAUUUUUAUUAUCCCUUUCUAUAGGUGUCUCCAAUUUACCUCCUUAUUCUAUGGGAAAAUAUGUAAAUAGGGCUAAUUACACGAAUUAACGAACACGUGUACACGUAACACAUACAAUGUAUCCACACACUAUUUAUCACUGAUCGACGAUUUCUGAAGCAAUCUCAUUAUCACCAUCAUUAUAUCCCGCGCGACUUGCUCGGUCGUAUCUGUGCCAGCCAACAACAAAUCAUCUAAACAGAGCAAUCUCGCGGAUUUUUGGAUCGGUUUUUCCAGAGACUUUUCUUCGACGAAGCGAAGAUCCAAGCCGCUUGUUCGAUCGGGCUUCGAAAAGUAAAAUUCUUCGAAAAUAAAAGUAACUUUCGUCGGUGCAGCAAGUAGAUCGACGAGAAAACGUGUACUCUUGCUGACUCAGCCGACGAAAUCGCGGUUUUUUUGGCUGGGAAUGAAUGAACGAUAGAAAAACGAAGCUCCUGAUCUGGCAGUGUGGAUCCAUCGUUCGCUCUUCGAACGGGAGUCGCUCGAAAGACGGUUUCCGGGCCCGCGAGCAAAACUGCCGACGAAUAAGACUCGAGAAACAUAAACCGUUCCAGCCUUCGAUUUUUCUGAGACAUUUUUAAAACCUCGACGCAUUUUACAGGCGACUAACUCAGACUGAUCUUUCGUAGACGAUCUAUGGUAAUUUAUAAUAAAAGCAAAAACAGCGAAGUGAGUCGGGUGAAUCGAGAAGCGUUGAAAGCAAUUUUUAAAGGAUCUUUCUUUUGGGGGGUGUUCGUGCUCGACCGACGACGCGCAAGAAAUAUGAAGAACAGCGGCGAACAUCGUCGACUCGACGACUCCAUAUCCGAACGUUCAAGAAUUCCUUGAUAGUUCGAAUAUCCGUAAUUGAUUACUUUGAGCGUCGAACAGACGAUCGACGUCGCAUAUGAAAGACUACGUGUGCACGUUUGCAUACGAAAUAUAUUUUUGAUAAAAAUCUAUUCAAAAGUGGUCUACAAAAAAAGAGAGAAGAAUUUGUUUAGCUGUAGCUGUAGUUGGUAGUGGUAGAAACGAUAGAAGUAGCGGUAGCAAUGUAUUUAUUAAUAGUCGUCUGUCGAGCAACAUUUUUGGGGGAUUAUAAAAAUUUGUAGUAUUUGAAAAGAAUUUAGAAAUUGAUUAUUCGAUGUGCAACGUUCUCGAUCACCGAUCGAUCCUCGCAACACCCAGUUCGAUAAUGUAUAUUCUGUCUAAAACUCGACUGAGCUUUCGAUUAGGGAAUUCAGGUAUUUUUCAGGAGUUUAUCCGGAAAAUCGGUACACAGAAUACGCCAGUGAGCCUUGUUCCGGGGCUCGAGAUCUUCGAUAAAUCUGCCACUGGAAUUGGUCCUCGAGAAUAUUCAGGUGUCACGUUGAAUAUAAUCCUAUUCAAUCGUUUCUAGUUAACGAUAUAAGCUAGAAAAUGAAUUUCCACGAUCGCGUGGGGAUUUCCAACGAAUCCUACUUAGCCUAUUUCUAUGAUGUCUAAUCAAAUUUCUAACAACAUUUACUGGACACAGUGAGAGAGACACUGGUACUGGAUUCGUAUAUCCGAAACACAGAUUCAACCAUAAGCAAAUAGUUGAAUAGAGUGUCACUGAUCUGGACAGUAAUCAUUGAAAAGCACAUCUCAUUCGCGUUCACCGUGAAUGAAUAGAAAAUUCAACCCUUGUGUUAACUGCGUUGACUGCCAUACUGACAAUGGACGCUGUAAUUGUUUUAUUUUAUCAAUUUAAGCUCUCCAUUUGCUACCUAGUUUAAUUAGUGGAAAUUUUCUUUAAUUAUUAAGGGAAAUGGGGUGGACUUCCAUAGCAGUCGACGCGUUAAUAACGCUGGGUACCUGGGCUACCAAUUAAAUAUUAAGAUACUUUUCAUGUUUCCGUUGGAAUAUUUCUAUUUAUGUAUCGUUUGACAGAAUACUUGGACUACCUAGGUAUCCAGGUUAUAAAACCACCGGAAACUUUUUCAUUUGUUAACACAAGGGCUUACGUGUAAGACGAGAACACAAGAUAUACAUAUACGGUUAGAAAGAAAGAAACUAUUAUCGCGUGAAACACAAUGAAACGUACACGUAGCCGGCCGUUUUCUACAGCCGUGAACACAACAAACCCUAUUAAUUAUCAUUCUAUCGUUAGAAUAUAAGAGUUGAUAUUUAAGAAUUCGUAUUGUAAUAAUUGUAUGCGACUAUAUUUGUUUGGUUGGCUUGAGGGCGAGAGUCUAACUCGGGUGUUAUUAGAUACUACGCUGUACCUUUAGCUGGUGGGCGCUCGGCAACCGGUUUAUUUUGAGAGGAAUAACAAAAAAAAAAAGAAAGAAUAAAGAACAGUCUUCGAAAUUUCUCGCUUUUCAUUCGAGAAUAGCGAUAAUGACUCCCGAUCUCACGACGAUCCUGGAUACGUUUGUUCUUCUAGUUUGAAGGAAUCGUUGUUUUCAAAUGAAUUUUGGUUAAACGAUGUUGAAGAUUUCUAUGUAUACGUGACUCGAUAACCUCGCGAGAAGAAAAUUCGGACUCUUACUUUCGAUUUAGAGAUUGCUGAGAUUCUUUUUGAAGAGCGAUUCCAAAGAUACGAAUCUCUUAACGUUUGUAUCCUUUCCGAAAAAUUAUCUUAAAUCGUGCAAGAUCGUCGUGAGGGUGGAUGGAGAGUAUUGAAUCGUUGCUGGAAAACGUACAAAGAAAGAGGGAGCGUAUUUUCGACGCGAAGAAUCAAUUUGUCGAUCGAGAGGAACGACUCUCGUCGGAUCCUCGACGCUGGGCGUUGAGGUAAUCCGCGAGGAAGUUCGCUGGUGAUCAAAAAAUCCUCGAGAAUAAUGGAAAUUACGGUGAUCGAGGAUACGAUUCCCUCGAAAAGAGCGAUGGAAGAGGGCUGAUUCGUCCGCGAAAUUAAUUUUGAAUCGCGGAUCGCGCGAGGACAAGGGAAAAGAUGAGAAGGAACGGGGUUGAAAAUCGGGGGUUGAACGAGAGAAAGAACCGGUUGUGCCCGCCAGCGACUUUGAGGGGGAAGAUAGACGCACGAUGAAGCGGAAAGUAACGAAGGAUGAUUUACGGUUGAAAAAGAUAUAUUAUCGAUAAGCUGUGUCGAUCGAGAGCUAGUGCUUAACACGUGGUUAGGGUCGUUUCUUCGAGAGAGCAAACAAACCCUGUUGAUAGAAAGAGAAUUAAACGAGGUGAAAGUUGAGGAAAGCGAAUGUAUUCGGGAGCGUGUAGAAAAUAAAAAGAGAAAAAACAAGGCCUACGAGGGUGGGUGAACGCGAGAGAAGGGUGAAAAGGAGAGAAAUUUGUGUGGAUCUCGAAGAAACGACUCGCCUUUAGUCUUUUAAUAUUUUACUCGAGGACGUUGCCGACGGUUGGGCUUGGCCGUUGACCCGAAUUUUCAGGGAUAGCCAGAGGGUCAAGGUCACGAAGCACGAAGGGAAUAAUGGGCUCUCCUCGAACCCCGUCGUCAUCGUCGCGCUAAAUACGAGUUCGCGUUAAUUAAUCGAUGCUCUUGGACAGAGCGGAGGACACGGUCAAUAUGGUCCUGGCAGUUUUAUCGGGCUUACGUCGUCCCUUUCGAGUUCCUCCGACAAUUUCCUCGACCAUUUUCAAACACACUCUCCUUUUUUUCUCUUUUCUUCCCCCGACUUUCUUUUAUCUCUCAACCUCUUCCCAAUGUCGGUUUCUUUCGAACGUUAUGUCUGGUCGUGUUGAUUCGUGGGACUGACGAAAGGGACGAAGUAUACUUUAGAAAUACUACACUCGUAAGCAUUGAAAAAUCGCAUUACGCGCGCCUAGGUUUAAAAAAAAAAAGAAUAAAGAAAAAAAAAAAUGAAAAAUAAGCGUGUGUGUUGAACAAUUGUGUAAGAAAAUGGAAAUACGAAUGAGGAUCGUACGGAUGGGAGUAAAAAAAGCAAAAAAAAUAAGAAAAUUUUUCGUGAAACAGCAAUUUAUUGAAAGAAAUGAAGAAUACAUACCGGUGGUGAGACGCGACGAUUUAUAUUAAUUAUAUUGAGGGGUGAAGAACGGACAAACGAAAGAAAAAAAAAAGAAAAGAAAUACAAUUAGCGUGUGAGGAUCGAGCUUUAUACCGCUUUUAUAUGUUUAGUAAUGGAAUACCUUUACAAUUAAAGAGUAAAUGAACAAAAAAAAAAAAAAA